AUUAGAUUUAUUUUUAUGGUGUUAAUGUAGCUUUCUGGUUUAGGAUUGAAGUAUAUAAUUUAAUUAUUUUAAAAAAUAAAAUAAUGAUUUUGUAUUUGUAAUUUUUUUGUGUUCUCGUUGAUUCUAUGGCUUCAAUAAGUAGUAAUUUUUCUGAAAGUGUCAUGUGUGAAUUCAGAGGAAAUCUGAAAGAGUUUAAUAGUAUUUCAGCUAAUUUAGAUCCAAAAAGUAUACCAAUCGAAUGUGAAGUAAUAAUUUACUCUACAUUUACAAUCAACGCAUCGUCUUUCAUAGAUGUAGAUGAAGCUCUUCUCAAAUCAGUAACAGACUUAAAAAAACCCGUAAUCGUAGCACUUGAACGAGAAAAAGAUUAUCAAGACUGGAUUUCAAUAUUGCAUCCUGAUGGCAAUGCUCCUGAUGCAUUGGUUUUAUGUGAUUUCGCACUAAAACAUAAUGUACUGGGAUUCGUUUUACGAUCAAUUUGGCCAUUUUACGAUACGCCACUUAAUGAAACUCUUGGAAUAUUCCUUAUAGCAUACAUAAAACAAUUAAAACAAUGCAAACCUGAAUUGAUUAUUGGUGUUUCUAUACCUCCAACAGCAGUAACGAAUUCAUCCACUUUUUUGGAAUUUAACGACUUAGUAACAUUCUAUGAAAUAGAAAUGGAUUAUUUGUUUCAAUGCACUUAUUUUGAGGCUUAUGUAACGAUAAAUAACACAGUAACACAACAAACAGCUCAAAAAUCACCAAAUCCUGAUUUUGCCGGCUUAUUGGGAAGUACAUCAUUAUAUCUACAGACAACACCAAUAAAUGUUUUAAAACUAACUUAUGAUAUUGAGAUAUACCCACAAAUUCUCGAUGUACUAAUAUCAUAUACUUCUUACGCACAAGUGUGUAAAGGACCAAUUAAUAAAAACCAAUCGUGUAUAGAAACAUCUAAAGAUUUUUAUAAUAUGGGGCAAUUUGUACGCAAUGUUAGAAGUGGAUUCAAUGUCAAGAGUGUGGAUCGUGAUGAUGUUUAUAACGAUUGUGGAUGUAAAACAACGUUUAAUGCAUUUAGAAAUAUAUUUGCUGGCUUCACUGGUGGUUUACUAACACCAUGUCCGAAUUUUGAUGCUAUAUAAAUUGAAUAUCCAAUUCAAUAAUUAUCUAUAUUUUCAUUAAUUAUUAAAUAAAUAUUGAAAUUUUACGACA